CUACUAACGUGGAGCGGAGGAUUCAUAUUUCGUCCAGGUUGGUGCAUUUGUGUCCAAAGCAAAGGGAUAUUCCUGGCGAACGUACAGAACAUAAGGUGCGUUAGUGCUAAGCCAGAUAUAGAAUGAUUGAUUGACGUGAUAGCAGAGGAUAAGGGUGUAAUAAGUGAACCGGACAACCGUCAGCAUGGCGCACUGAAACAUGCAAUUCCCUACGAACACGAGCUAGGUUUUCCUCUCCGAACUAUCGGUUCUGCUACAAAAUUCAAGCAUCCUUGACAAUACGAAAAGCAAGAUGACGAUCGCAGCGGAAACGAAAACUGGCGGGCUCAAGCGGGAGAUGGGCUUGAUGUCUGCCAUCAACGUCAUCAUUAGCGUUAUGAUCGGCUCGGGAAUAUUCGUCUCUCCAACGGCAGCUCUCCGAUAUUCUGGCAGCGUCGGAUUCUGUUUAGUGAUUUGGGGUGUGUGUGGAGUGAUUUCACUGCUGGGAGCGUUAUGUUUUGCAGAGCUGGGAACUGUAGUGCCCCGAUCGGGCGCUGAGUAUGCAUACCUGAUAGAGGCGUUCAGGAAAUCGCACAAAUUUUGGGGUCCGCUGCCGUCGUUCAUCUGCGCAUGGGUCUACGUUAUGGUGCUACGACCAGCCGAGGUAGCUGUUAUUAUUCUCACGUUCGCCGAAUACUCAAUUUUACCCUUCAGCCAUGUGCUGGGGCUUAACAAUCUCCCCGCUGGGGAUCUACACAAUCUAAUCAAAUUGAUAGCAAUACUAGGUUUAGGAAUAAUCACCUAUAUAAAUCUAAGCAGUGUAAAGUUAUACGUCACCAUCAACAACAUCUUUGGUUUUUGCAAAGUGUUCGCCUGUCUUAUAGUUAUUUUUGGUGGUAUCUACCAACUGGCAAUCGGCAAAACCGAAAAUCUUUCUCGAGGAUUCGAAGGAAGUAACUUCAGUGCCGGCCCAAUAGCAUUAGCAUUUUACAAUGGCCUGUGGGCCUAUGAUGGCUGGUCAAGCGUCACCAUUAUUACAGAAGAAAUCAAAAAGCCUGAAAUAAACAUUCCACGUUCCAUUGUGAUCGCCGUACCCAUUAUCACGGGUCUGUACGUAUUCAUGAAUAUGGCCUAUAUGACUGUUUUAUCACCGGAAGAGAUGAUAAAAUCGGAAGCCGUAGGUCUUGACUUUGGCGAACGAGUUCUGGGAUCUUUUGCAUUCCUCAUUCCGUUGGGUGUAGCACUCGCUACGUUUGGGUGCGCUCUCAGUAUACAAUUCGGAGUAACACGACUGUGUUACGUCGCAAGCCAGGAGGGUCAAAUGUUGGAACCGCUAUCCUACAUCCACUUGCGACGGCUUACUCCCGCUCCAGCUGUGGCUAUGCAAGGCUUACUGGCACUGAUGUUCAUAAUGGUUGGUAACAUCGAAGAGCUCAUUGAGCUGGCCUCGUUCUUCAUAUGGUUCUUCUAUGGAUCAGCCGUAGUCGCGCUAUUCACCCUGCGCAGAACUCAGCCGCACAUUCAUCGACCGUACAAAGUGCCAUUGAUCGUACCGAUCAUCACCCUGGCGGUGUCCAUAUUCCUCUCCGUAGUACCGAUCGUGGCCGAUCCAUCGUUAAAGUAUUUCUUCGCCGUUGGAUUCAUCCUUAGCGGAGUGGCUGUUUACACUCCGUUCGUCUACUAUAACGUGCGGCCAAAGUGGAUGGAUAAAAUCACAUAUCUUAUCCAGGUGCUGUUCGAAGCCGUGCCUACCUCGGAGAAGUCUGAUUAGAGCUACCUGUUGUGCAAAUUUGCUACGUAAAUACAAGUUAUUAAAGUAAUAAACCUAUCGGAAGAAUUUUGUUUUGUGAUUAUCUACUGCUAUCACCUAGAGCUGAGAGCCAUGUUCAAAUAAAUAAAUGGGUAAAACGUGUGUAAGCAUACCGAAUACCGGUUGAAACACGAACGUCACCAUAUAGCAUCCCAACUAAAAGUGUAAUAUUUUAGGCCAUUUUGAAAUCUAUGUGAUCAGCUUUGUCAACUCAGUCAAACUUAGUACAGUC